CUGGGGAGUGUGAUUUGGUUUAGCCGCUCCCUCCCGCGUUCCGCCUUGGAGCUCCGCUGGCGGGUGCAGGCUUUUCCGAAAAAAAGGAAAAAACAAAACAAAACAAAACAAAAAACCACGGCGGUGGGAGGAAGCGUCGGCUUAGCUCUCACCCCCACAGUCCAGGUUUGGGCCCUCAGAGGGUGGGUUCUGGAGGGGUCCGGCUGCUUGCAGGGCUGCUUUUCCUGGUGGGUCUCACAGGACAUCGUUGUUAAGCUUCCCCUCUGGGCUCCUGCGUGCUGAGAGCAGAGGAAGAUGGUGUUUCCCUUUCCUCUAGGGUCCCGAGCACGACAGUCUUGUUUAGGGUCCUUUGACCACCCAGCAGGUCCUGGAGAUGACUGGUUUUUGUGAGGACCGGCUGGUUACUAGGGAAACUCUUUGGAUUGUGACUUUGGUGGGGUGGUUAUUAAGAGAGCUUCAUUGAACCCAGGGGAACUCUAACCUGCCACAACCCAACCUAAGAUGGAAUAGGCUUUUCAAGUCACCAGGCUCCAACCCUGGUCCAUUGUUGGAAGGCCCCGUGCAGCGUGCACUUCUGAAAGCUGGACAUCUCCUAAUUCAGGAAUACACGGUGCAAGCACGUGAAGGUAGUUGGAGUUCCUAGCAAUGGAUAAAUUUGUCAUUCGAACGCCCAGAAUCCAGAGUAGUCCUCAGAAGAAAGAUCCUGGAGGAAAGAUUUACAAGCAGGCCACCAUUGAAUCUCUGAAGAGAGUUGUGGUCAUAGAAGACAUAAAAAGAUGGAAAACUAUGUUGGAGCUUCCUGAUCAAACCAAAGAGAAUCUAGUUGAAGUCUUACGAGAAUUAAAGAAGAAAAUACCGUCCAGGGAAGUGUUAAAAUCAACAAGGAUUGGUCACACUGUGAACAAGAUGCGUCAACACUCAGAUUCAGAAGUGGCUUGUCUUGCCAGAGAAGUUUACACUGAGUGGAGAACUUUCAUUGAAGAACAUGUGGAUAGACCUUCUAUAGUAGUCCGAAGUGAUCCCAAAACUGAAACACUUAGGAAAAAUGCCCAGAAAUUACUCUCAGAAGCCUUGGAAUUGGAGAUGGAUCACCUACUGGUUGAAAAUAUUGAACGGGAAACGUUUCAUCUCUGCUCCCGCCUCAUUAAUGGGCCGUACCGGCGGACGGUGAGAGCCCUGGUCUUCACAUUAAAGCAUCAAGCUGAAAUCCGGGCUCAGGUGAAGAACGGCACGCUGCCAGUCGGCACGUUUGUACAGACCCACAAAAAGUGACCCGAGGACGGUUCCACCCCUGGGCUGGGCAGAAAGGAAAAUGGGCCUCUCUCUGCCAUUCAAAGAUUCUUUUGAGUUUGGGCGAUGGCUGUUGCUGGCUGUGCUAAAUUUUCCCGUGGUGCCAUGUUCCAGACAGAGGAUGCAGAGAGCCCUGGGAGACAGGCCGCAGGAAGCGCUUCAUUAGCUGUAGUGCGCUGGGGCUGCCUGACAGGAUGUGCGCUGGUUGUCACUAGGAAGCGCGGCACGGUUGCCAUCACCCAGCACAGUGAAAGGGUGACAGAUUUCACUGUGAAUAUGCCAAGGACACCUCUAAAUGUCCCCCGUGUCAGGCAGAUGAAGUUCCUACUUUAUUUCGCCACCCUGCAGGUAACUGAAACUCAAUUACCGCUGCUGCUCACUCGGUUCCGUCCCCCUGAGUUUAGAUAGCGCCAGUGCCUCUCAGAACUCCCCCGUCUGUUCUCUUUGCUCUACCCCAGGGGUGAGCCUGCCAGAGCCCGCCAACCACCCCUUCUUUCCAGAACUCACUUAUCUGAACGUUUCAGCUCUCCCUGGAAGACCUUCUGUGUUGGGCUCCGGAGCCCCCAUGCUGAGGCUUCUAAUGAGGAACUGGCCUGAAGCAUCCCCACACCUUGAGGUUUAUUUGAAUAUGUCAGCUCUCGGUUUAAGGUUCUGCAGAAGAUACAUGAUGAAAUUUCUUUUGAAAUGAAUUCCUGUAGGAGAAAAAUUGUAUAUGUGUGUGCUUUAAAAUGAAAUACCUCUACAUAGACUUGCUUGAACAAUUACGUAAAUGAUACUUGCUUUUGUUUGUUUGUUUGUUCUGUUUCCAUUCCAGGGCUGCACCUGCGGCAUAUGGAACUUCCCAGGCCAGGGGCUGAAUUGGAGCUGCAGCUGCCGGCAGACGCCAGAUCCAAGCGGCGUUUGUGACCUACACUGCAGCUCACGGCAAUGCCAGAUCAUCAACCCACUGAGCAAGGCCAGGAAUUGAACUCAUGUCCUCAUGGAUACUUGUCAGGUUUGUUACCGCUGGGCCACUUUGGGAACUCUUGAUGUUUGUUUUUUUUUUUAGGUAAUAAGUAACUGGGACUUUUCCCCCCUAACAAGGUAUGACUUGUUCAUUGGAAAGUGUUUAGGUUUGAGAAAGAAUAUAGUUGGAGAAAAUAAAGAAUAAUUGAACAGGAAUUUGAGGGAGAUAGCAAGCCCAAAGAAGGUUUUUUAGGUUAGAGGAGAUUGGAGCAUGCUUGUAAUCUGAAAAGAAGGAGCCAAUAGAAGGGGAGAGAUUUAAUGUGUUUAUAAAAGGAGUUCCUCCCAUGGCACAGUGGGUUAAGAAUCUGACUGCAGUGGCUCGGGUCGCUGUGGAGCUGUGGGUUCGAUCCCCAGCCUGGUGCAGUCAGUUAAAGGAUCUAUAGAGUGGCCUAAGUUGCAGCUGUGGCUCAGAUUCAGUCCCUGGCUUGGGGAACUUCCAUAUGUCACAGGUGCAGCCAGCCAUAAAAUAAAGAAAUAUAUAUUUUUUUUAAAGGAAAGAUUUAAAAUCCAAAAAAAGAGGAUGUAGAUUUAAAAGCAUGGACACCAUUUCAUCUCUCUCUCCCCUCCCUCGCUCUCUCCCUCACAUAUGCACAAUUUUUUCUCAGAUACUCUUGACAGUAAGUUGCAUAUGUCAUGGAUCUUUACCCCAGGUGACCAAUAAACCAGAAAUGAUGCUUAAUCUCAAAAAUAUUCAAGAAAAUGCAAAAAAAUAGAAAUUAGAGCAAAAAUAAACCCAUGGGACCUCAUCAAACUGAAAAGCUUUUGCACAGCAAAGGAAACCAAAAAGAAAACAAAAAGACAACUUACAGAAUGGGAGAAAAUAGUUUCAAAUGAUGCAACUGACAAGGGCUUAAUCUCUAGAAUAUAUAAGCAACUUAUACAACUCAACAGCAAAAAAACCAAUCAAUCAAUGGAAAAAUGGGCAAAAGACCUGAAUAGACAUUUCUCCAAAGAAGAUAUACAGAUGGCCAACAAACACAUGAAAAAAUGCUCAAUAUCGCUGAUUAUAAGAGAAAUGCAAAUCAAAACUACCAUGAGAUACCACCUUACACCAGUCAGAAUGGCCAUCAUUAAUAAAUCCACAAAUAACAAGUGCUGGAGGGGCUGUGGAGAAAAGGGAACCCUUCUGCACUGCUGGUGGGAAUGUAAACUGGUACAGCCACUAUGGAGAACAGUUUGGAGAUACCUUAGAAAUCUAUACAUAGAACUUCCAUAUGACCCUGCAAUCCCACUCUUGGGCAUCUAUCCGGACAAAGCUCUACUUAAAAGAGACACAUGCACCCGCAUGUUCAUUGCAGCACUAUUCACAAUAGCCAGGACAUGGAAACAACCCAAAUGUCCAUCGAUAGAUGAUUGGAUUCAGAAGAUGUGGUAUAUAUACACAAUGGAAUACUACUCAGCCAUAAAAAAGAAUGACAUAAUGCCAUUUGCAGCAACAUGGAUGGAACUAGAGAAUCUCAUACUGAGUGAAAUGAGCCAGAAAGACAAAGACAAAUACCAUAUGAUAUCACUUAUAACUGGAAUCUAAUAUCCAGCACAAAUGAACAUCUCCUCAGAAAAGAAAAUCAUGGACUUGGAGAAAAGACUUGUGGUUGCCUGAUGGGAGGGGGAGGGAGUGGGAGGGAUCGGGAGCUUGGGCUUAUCAGACACAACUUAGAAUAGAUUUACAAGGAGAUCCUGCUGAGUAGCAUUGAGAACUAUGUCUAGAUACUCAUGUUGCAACAGAAGAAAGGGUGGGGGGAAAAAACUGUAAUUGUAAUGUAUACAUGUAAGGAAGGAUAACCUGACCCCCUUGCUGUACAGCGGGAAAAUUAAAAAAAAAAAAAGAAAAUGCAAAAUAAGGCAAUUAUAUGAUGCCAUUUUUCAGAUGAAACUGGAAAACAUUUUAAAUUAAAAUGCCAACUUCUGGUGAAGAUAUGGGGAAAUGGUCACUUUUAAUACACUGAUAGUUGGAAUGAAUCACCACAUCCUUCUCAGAAAAUAUGUCAACAUUUACUCAUAUUUAAAAUAUAUACGUAUAUUGACCCAGCAAUAAAGUUUCCUAAAGAAACGAAA